GUUACUUAUUUCUCUUUGAUUGUUUUUCAAAAUUAUAAACUGAUGGCAGAUGAUGAUGAUGAUAUGUACUACUUUAUUGGUGGAUAUAUUAAUGUUGUGUUCUUUGUGGGGUUAGUUGUUUUACUGUAUGCUUUAUUAUUACAAUCGAAGAAGAAGAAGAUAGGGCAGACUAAAUCUUACAGUACUGUGUGUAAGAAUGGUUGCGCAACGACCUCUGCCAUGGAAGAAAAAUCUGAUCAGCCCGACAUUAUAAUUGUCGGCGCUGGAGUUGCCGGAGCGGCGCUGGCCUAUGCUCUUGCCAAGGAUGGGCGACAAGUUCGUGUUAUAGAAAGGGACUUAAAAGAGCCAAACCGAGUCGUUGGUGAAAUUCUACACCCUACGGGAUUCAUGAAAUUGAUCGAGUUGGGACUUCAAGAUUGCAUAAAUGAUAUCGAAGCUCAACAACUACUCGGCGUUGUUUUUAACAAGUAUGGUAAAACCACCACAAUGCCUUAUUCCCUCGAGAAAUAUGGUCCGCAUUUCUCGGGGACGAGCUUUCACAAUGGCAGAUUUGUACAGAGGAUGAGAGAAAAGGCAGCAAUCCUCUCCAAUGUCCGGCUUGAGCAAGGGACAGUGGUUUCCCUUAUUGAAGAAAAGGGAGUGAUUAAAGGAGUUCGAUACAAGACUAAAAACUCUCAAGUGAUAGCUUCAACUUAUGCGCCGCUAACUAUUGUUUGCGAUGGUAGCUCUUCGAACUUGCGGCGCACUCUAUGUACUCCCAUGGUGGAGACUCCAUCUGAAAUGUUCUGUUUGAUCCUGGAAAAUUGUGAACUUCCAUAUCCUAACUAUGUCAAUUUAUUCUUUAGAGGCUCUAGUCCAUUUUUAUUGUACCAAAUCAGUAGCACAGAAAUUCGCUUGACUGUCGAAGUCCCGAGGAAAAACAGGUCUUCCAUCACCAUUGCCGACUACUUGAAAACUGCGGUGGCUCCCGAGAUUCCUCCCACACUCUAUGAUGCAUUCAUGGCUGCGAUCGAUAAAGGAAAUAUAAAGGCAAUGCCAAACAAAUCGAUGCCCGGAAAGCCUAACCACACUCCCGGUGCAAUUCUGAUCGGGGAUGCUUUGAACAUGCGGCAUCCCAUGAUUGCAGCCGGCAUGACUGUAGCCCUACACGACGUAGUUCUCCUACGGGACGUUCUUAGAGGUGUAAAUGAUCUACAUGACAAAGAUGCUCUAUCCAACCUCAUAAAAUCAUUCUAUGCUCUAAGAAAGCCAUUCGCAUUCACAAUCAAUCUUUAUGCCGGAGCAUUCUGCAAAAUUUUCGACUCUGCAACCGAAGCUUCUCCCAAAUCGACUGGUGACCUAAGGGAGGCAUUGUGUCAAGCAUGUUGCGGCUAUCUAAGCCUCGGAGGGUUUGUCGCGCAAAGAAUUAUCGCGACGGGCAGUGGCCUAACCCCACAUCCUAUAAUGCUCUUAAUCCAUGCAUUGGGUAUAGCUGUUUAUGGACUCAUUCACCAAGUGCUUCUCCCUUUUCCUUCACCAAAAAGGCUAUGGUUUGGAGCUAAGCUCUUAUGGGUUGGAUUUGGGGUUCUUUUCCCUCUUGUAAAGGUUGAAGGAAUCACAGUUGGAAUGCUGUUUAAUCUUAUUGUUCCUGCAGGCCUUCUUAAGAGGAUGAUGUUUCUUUCAAUCUGCAGUAUAUUUAUUAUUGUUUUCUUCUUCGAAAUGAUUUACAUCAGUCAUAGAUUUAAAUAAAGAAGCUUCUGUGUUAUAGAAUUUUAUGGAUAUAUGCUGAAGAAGGGGGAUUCGUGUUGUAUUUUAUGAAUUUGCAUUGUUUUGAAAAAGAAACAAAAAACCAUGUAUUUUGUUAUAUGUUAUA